ACAGUGAAUUGAGAAAGAGGCCGGAGGAGAUGGAAGAGGAGGAGGAGGAAGAGGAGGAGGAGGAAAGAAGGAAGGAGGAGGAGGGACAAGAAGAGGAGGGGAAGAGGAGAAAAGAGAGAAGGGAGGAGGUAGAAAGAAGGAGCAGAAAGAGAGAGAAGAAAGAGAGGGAGAAAAAGCAAGUCAUUCUUUCCAGACAUGUGGUCAGUAAUAUUGGUGACAGUGAGCCGUGUGGCAACACCAGGAGGAAAGAGGGCCGGAGGAGUGAGGAAAAGGAGGGCCGGAGGAGUGAGGAA